AUGGGGAGAGGGAAGAUUGUGAUCAGAAGGAUUGAUAAUUCGACGAGCCGACAAGUGACGUUUUCGAAGAGAAGGAGCGGGCUGCUGAAGAAGGCGAGGGAGCUUUCGAUCCUUUGCGACGCGGAGAUCGGUGUCAUGGUAUUCUCCAGCACCUCCAGGCUCUACGAUUACGCCAGCAAUUCCAGCAUGAAAUGCAUCAUUGAGCGCUAUAACAAAGUGAAAGAAGACCAACAUCAACUAUUGAAUCCUGCUUCAGAGAUAAAGUUUUGGCAAAGAGAGGUCGCCAGCCUGCGGCAGCAGCUCCAGUAUUUGCAAGAAUACCACAGGUACAGUUUCUUCAGCCUACAAAAAUCAGAAUCUCAAUAUUAG